AUGGGGCAAACACCGAAUAUGAUGAGGAAGUUAAAAAAAGUAAGAGAUGCAUGUAUGCAAAGAGAUAAUUUAUGCAUGAUCUCUGAACAAGACGUACUAAAAUAAAAAUAUUCAAGUUUGAAUAUAUAGUAUCUAUUCAUAUUCAUUUUAAGAGGUAUAAUGUAAUUUCGUUUUUGAUUGUGUUAUUGAAUGUUUUAGUAUGGUAUUUAUAAAAAUAAGUUUCUUUCAAUAAUUGUAUUGUCACUUCACUUCUUCAUCUCUGUGUGACCGUUGAUCGGUUGUUAUUAAUCGCCCUUACAUUCCGGUUCCACUGUAUAAUGAAUUUCGUGAAAGAUAGGAACAGCUGCAGCCAGGAUUCAAUACUGAGCCUUCGCGCCCGUAACCGGUUACUUUACCCACACUUCUUUUCAGUAAUUGUAUUUUUAAAAAAACGUAUAAUGAAUUCAAAUUAUUAUGAUAGACUAGAUACUUUGAAAGCAAAUUGAUUAACAUAGUGGUUAAAAUAUAACAAUGCUUGAUUUAAAAUAUUUAGACAAUUUUGAAAUAGGAAUUCAAAGAAGAAAUUUUGAAAUAGGAAUUUCAAUAGAAUAUAUUGUUUCUGUUAUAUGCUAUAAUAAGAAUUAGUCUAUUAUUAUUAAUAAAAUAAUAAACAAUGUUAUUAAGUAUAUAUAUUAUGAUGUGUGUUUUCUUACAUAAAAAUAUUUAAAUAUUUUUAAACAUUUUAGUUUUGUAUUAUUCAUGUUGGUAGUACUGAUUCCUCUUGCUUAACCAUUAUAUUUAAUUGUGCGCAUGUGUGCGUAGUUUCAUAAGCUGGUAUCGACGUUGACAAUUUACAGUUGAUAGUUCAUAGAAAUCUAACAGAUCGACUGUUGUAGGUGUUUCCCAAGAUAAAAGUUUACACAUUCUGUAAUAUUAUCGAGGUAUAAUAUUUAAUUCAAUAUUUUUUUUACGUUUAUUAUUAUUAAAUAAUACGUUCUUAUUUUCUUUCACAUAUUACACUCAAUAUUUUUCAGUUUGUAUAAUCCAAUCAUAUAUUUUAAAUGAAUAAGUGUUUUAGAUUUAAUUUUAUUUAUACUUUUUAAUAGAUAAAUAAAAUCAUUUAUAGAAUUUUAAUUUAACCUAUAAAAUAUAUCAUAUUUGAAAAGUUAUUGUUAUAUUAAAAUAAAAUACAAGUUUGAAAAAUAUUAAUAUAAUAUGUAAUGAUAUUGUUGUAUUUGCUUUUUCUAAGAAUUGAUUGACCAAGUUAAGCAAUAAUUAUAUGACAAUUUUUUAUGAAAUAAAAGUUUAUAUUUGCAGGUUUUCUUAUGAUUAAAAAUAUUAAUUUAAUAUAAAAUUUUUUUGAUAUCCUUAUUAGAUAAAAUGGAUAUGGCAUUUGGUGACAACUUUGUCAAUGAACAAGAAGUAGAUCCAGUAGCAGAAUUCGUAGCAAGGGAACAGGAUCAAUUAGCAGGGCUUGAGAAUGAAAUUCCACCAGUUGCUAUAUCUACUCCUGCAAUGGCAUCUAAUACAGAUGAUGAAGAAGAAGAAAAGAAAAAAGAAGAGUGGAGAGAAGCUGCCAGAAAAGAAUUAGAAGAAUGGUAUAAACAUCAUGCAGAAGCUAUUAGUAAAACAAAAACUACAAAUAGGAACGCAGAGAAACAAUUUGUAGCAGAAGCUGAUGAAGUGGAGCCAGGAACUGAAUGGGAACGCAUUGCAAAACUUUGCGAUUUUAAUCCCAAGUCUUCUCGCACUUCAAAAGAUGUUUCUCGAAUGCGUUCAAUUAUUUUGCAAUUGAAGCAAACUCCACCAGCUCCAGUCAGUCUUUGAUUAAAUUAAUGAUUUGGUAAAUAUAGAUAUAUCCAAAUAUAUAUACACACACACACACACACAUAUAUAUAUAUAUGUAUAAAUAUAUUAUGAAACAAAAGAAAAAUGUAUGGAGGUUACAAUAAUAUUUAAAAUCGAAAAGAUCAUAUAUGAUCUAUUAAGCAAAAAUGUAAUAUUAUUGUGAAUAAAGAUUAUUAAUAGCAAGUAUACGAAUAAAUAUUAAAUUUAAAAAAUAAAAUAUGUAACGUAAUUAUUAAUGUUGUUACAUAUAAAAAUAUACACAACUUUACCCUUACAUAUACGAAUUUAAAUAUAAGUGGUAAUUUAAAAAACAAUAUAUAAAGUUUUCAUAUAAUUAGUUUAAUUAUAUAUAAAAUUUUAUGAAAAUAUAUUGUUUUUAGUAUAAUUAA